UAAACAGAAGGCUAUUUGUAAUUAAAUGAAACAAAGAGACGGCCGCAGAUGUCUGCUGAGCCAAGGGAAGGUAACUCUCGCGACGGUUGUUGUGCACAUGGCGCCAAAUAAACUGCGCGAGGUGAUAGUGAAUACAGUCGAUGUACGCCAUCCUCAAUCAGGGUCUGUGACGGCGAUACUGUGGAUACCUGCUUUGCAGCCGCAAGGCCAUUCACAUUUUUACGUAUUUGUGACCUACUUUAUUUCUUACUUCAUGAUUACGAGUGAAUUGCGUAGAGAUGAGAGAUGUGCAUGGUUUGAGGAGAUGUUGAGAAAGACUUGGAUUUCACAACACGACGUCUGAAAAUAUUAAAUGUUAUUUUAGUGAGUAGUUUGCGAAAACGUCUAAUAGUCAAAUGUAAUGCUGAUCACGACAUAAAAUGCUAUUUUCUGAUGGAAUAAAGCGGCGGUUAAGAGUUGUGUCGAUUCAAUUUCUAUCCGUGUCUCGGGUCCAGCGGAGGAAGGGAGAGCUGCGUGGCGUGCACAUACAGACUUGUACAAAUGCUACUGAUGGCAAACAAACCACUUGUACUACAUCAAGGUCAGCAUUUGGUUCUCAAAAAUCGGGACAUUUUUGUGAUGGAGGAUGUACUGGUGAAACUGAGAAGCAUCCAAGAAGCAGGCGAGAUUACAAGCUAACAAGAUAUCAAGCCUCUUCUGGCGUGUCAUGGAUAGAAACAUGUUUCCAGAACCGUUGCCACAGCAAAAAAUUAAAAUCUCUACAUCCUUACGCACACUGCACUUUCAGUGGUCUUAACAAUGUGCCUAGUCAGGUUUCCAAUAUUUGUGCUUGCUUCAAGGAAGAGAAAAUCUUUGCUGAUCGAAGAGAUGAAAAAUCUUGGGCAGUAAAGGGUAACUUGAGAAAAGCUUUGGGAAAAACACAGAUUCCAAGUUGUGACCAUUUAUCUACUGGAACCAAGCCUUCUAGAACUGAUAAUACAGAAAGAGGCUUUGAAUGCUGGCAACACUUGCAAAAAUCUUCAUGCUUAAGUUUUCAUAAUAAAUUGCCUUUUUUUUCAACACAAACCCAAAGAAGAAAAGGAACAUUGUUGCCAGAUGCAUGUGGGUCAAUGACAAAUCAACAGUGUCUUACUCCAGUGCAAUUUCAGAAUCAGCAUAUAUCAUUAACUUUUCAUAGAUCAUAUACAAUGUUUAUACAAGCUGACACAACUACUUUUCCCGACCACCAUAGAACAUUUACAAAAUCAGUAAAAGUUUCUAAUGAAGACAUUAUUUCAGAACAGGACAUUAAAACAUUUUUAGUUGAGAAUAAUAUGAAGGUGGAACAAGGCCACACCUGUUUCAUUACUCAUUGCCCACGACUGGCACAGAACAACAAAAAAACUCAGCCAGGAAUGACCGAUACUGAUGCUCUUUUUGUUAAUAUGACCAGUGGUCAAUUUGUUUGUAAGCAUUGUGAUAAACGAGGCAGAUGGCAAGACCUUCAGGACAAUCUUCUUCUACUUGCAUCAAAAAAACGAAAAAAAGAUUUCCAGUGUUUCAAGGAAGUCGAUUCUGUGCAUGAUGCUAGUCAGCAAUCUCCACAAGUGCAAGAUUUAUUGGACAGAAGUAUUGGGCUAAAAUCAUGUUCCGCUGAUGUCACAAGGCAGAUCUUGGAUGAUUUUGAUAUACAUGGGCUUAAAAUUGCCACACUGGACAAGUACGGCGUCAAGUUUGAUAUACAAACCAGAAGUCUUGUCUUACCAGCUUUUGAUGGCAAAGGGCAACUUGUAGGAGUGAGACGUCUGAUGUGCACCAUACCAGAAGAAAAUGAAAAUCUCAGAGUCAUAGAGGAAUCAGUUCUUCCCAGGACCGGACCUCUUGGCUUGUUUGGAUUCAAUACUCUGUCCGAUGGUACAAAGGAAGUAGUACUUACCUCUACUGAACUGGAUGCUUUGGCAGUAUUUCAAGAAACCCAGACGCCAUCACUUGCUUUGCCAAAUGGUUUUUCUUCAUUACCGCAAGAGGUGCUUCCAGCCCUGGAAAGAUUUAGCAAGCUGGUGCUGUGGCUUGGAGAUGAUAUGCGAGCAUGGGAGGCAGCCAAAAUGUUUGCUAAAAAGCUUGGAAACGAUCGUUGCUACAUCAUCAGGCCAAGUGAAGAUGAUCCCAGUCCCCUGGAGGCUCUGCGUCGAGGCGUGAGGUUAAGGGAAGUACUGGAUAAGGCCAAGCCCAUUAUGCACAAAUCUAUCGUCUCCUUCUCUCAUCUUCGGCAAGAAAUCUUCUCAGAGCUUUUGCAUGCAGAGCAAGUAGCAGGUGUCAAGUGGAAGAGGUAUCCAGUGCUAAACAAACUGUUGAAGGGGCACCGAAGAGGGGAGCUUACUGUGUUCACAGGCCCAACAGGUUCUGGGAAAACCACUUUUAUUAGCGAUUAUUCGCUAGAUCUCUGUAUGCAAGGGGUGAACACUCUCUGGGGUAGCUUUGAAAUCAACAAUGUUCGCCUGGGUAAAUUGAUGUUGACACAAUUUGCGCAGCUAAACUUAUCAAAACAUCUCGAUCAGUUUGAUGCUUGGGCUGAUCGUUUUGAACAGCUGCCCAUGUACUUUAUGACUUUUCAUGGCCAGGAGAGUAUACGUAAAGUAAUAGAGGCCAUGUCGCAUGCAGUGUACGUCCAUGACAUUGCACAUGUGGUGGUUGACAAUCUUCAGUUCAUGCUGGGCUCCAAUGGUGAAAUGGCUGAACGUUUUACCAAACAGGACAUUUUUAUCAGUUCUUUCCGCAAGUUUGCUACCAACAUGAACUGUCAUGUGACAGUUGUUAUUCACCCUCGAAAGGAAAAAGAAACAGAUGAAUUAACAACAGCAUCAGUGUUUGGCAGUGCCAAGGCUACACAAGAAGCAGACAAUGUAUUGAUUCUGCAAGACAAAAGGUUGAUGUCCCUUCGUGGGCGCAAGUACCUACAGAUAACUAAGAAUCGCUUUGAUGGAGAGCUUGGUGUGAUGCUGUUGAAGUUUGAGAAGGAAACACUGAGCUUUGUUGGCAAAGAAAAAUCAGAAAAAUCAAAACGCUCAGAUGCUCAUGAUGAUGACCUCAUGGAACGCAACCCACUUUCAGCACAUAGCACCGUUUAUGGAGAGGAUAUGGACCAUUGAUUUUAAAAACAAGUUCUGUGUACAGAAGGAAAUUAUUCUUCAAAUUUAAAAAUUUUCAUCCUCACGACGUCUCAUUAUUCUGUUAUUCUGACUUCCUUUUUUAGCUUUAACUAGAACUAUUAAAACUAUUUAACUAUUAGCUUGUCUUCCUUUUAAAGCUUUAAAAAUUGUGUGUUAUUUUUACUGAUAGUAAAUUUGCGUGCAAUUAAUAACAGGUUGUCACAUUCUGUGACCAGAUUAAUUCACUUUCAUCAAAGGAACAGUAAUCACACUGAUCAUGGUUAUGGGCAUUUAUGUGUUAGUUGUUCAGGCCCAUACAGUAGAGUACUUCAUGAAAGUUUUGUGAGGAUAGGAACAUUUGCUGACUGCUGAUGCUGUUUGUUUUCUCAAAUUCAUGCUUUCAUUCUUGCAUCCAGUUCCUGGAUGCUGUGUCUACCUCUUGCUUUUAUUCCUAUAGAGCAGCGGUUCUCAACCAGGGGGGGCGCGACGUGCUUACAAGAGGGGCGCGACGUGCUUACAAGUGGGGCGCGAAGGUGGUCAUUUUUAUAAAGUUUCUUAUACCGGUAUUAGUGAAAUUAGCUUACAUUGCUGGCUAAGGGGGACGCGCGGACGUACCUUUGUUCGUCAGGGGGGGCGUCACAAGGAAAAGGUUGAGAACCGCUGCUAUAGAGUAUGAAUUGUGUUCAUCUCCAUAUCAAACACCAUCGCUGUAGUGCUGCAGCUACCUCGGAUCAUUACAGGACUCCAUGAAAUAUGUUUUUAGGGGUUGUGAGACUUACUGACUGCUGUUGUGGUCAUAUUUUAAAAGUUUUACCAUGUGCCUUUUGUUGAAGUUAUACAGCAGCUGGCAUCUAAGAGCUUCACAAGGCCAGAAAUGAGCAUGGGUAGUUAUUUCUGAAAGGUCAUGCCAUUUCUGAAAAUGCAAUCCUUACAGAUCUUUUUAUAAGACUUGAACACUAAAAAUCAAAAUAAUGAAGCUUUAUUGUGACGAAAAUUUUACUAUUUUUUUUCUUGCUGUGAUUUCAUUGUGGCAUUAAUGAGACAGGUGAGAGGCUUUAUUUUGGAUCAGGUAGAGGAACAACUAGUAAAUAUUAUUUGAUGAUUUGUAUUACAAAAACUGGAUUUCAAAAGUGAAAGAUUGUGCUGCAGUAGUACAGUACAAGAAGAAUUACUAUUGGUUUGGAUACUUAAAAGCUCCAGUAAAAAAAAAAAAAAAAA